AUGGACAGGCAGCACUCCGAAAAGCCACACACCAGCACACCCACAGGGAGACUUGGGAGGGAAAAGGAACCGGGGGUUAUGUUCCAGUCGUUUAAGGCAGGAGGACGAACCUGGUCCUCAAUCUCCUUCCCCAUCUCCGAAUCCGUGAGGACCCAGGCAUCCACAAAGGUACCCCAGGCUUCUGCCCACAGGAACAGACAGACGCACCCCACCACCAUCGUGCUCUGCAAGUCAUGGAGCAGCCAGGCUGCCCUGGAGCCCAGGGAGCACACGACGGUCAUGGAGGAAGCCUACAACUCAGCCAUCUGCUUCAAGAUGCUGCGGGACCUGACUGACUCCGACCCCCUCCACCUGAAGCACAUCACCAAGAAAAUCAAGAGCAUGGCUCGCGGGGCCCCCAACCCGGUGCUGGAAACCAUCCAUGAGUACUUUGUAGACAACCCGGAGAUCUCCGUGAAGCACAAGUUCCGACUCUUCCACGUCCUGGAGACGGUCAUCAGCUCCAGCAACGCCCUAGACGAGAGCUGGGAGAAGACCUUCAUGCAGCUGGCCCUGGAGAACAUGACCAAGUCCACGGAGCUGGAGGAGGCGUACCAGGACGCGGCCAGCAACGUGCUGCUGGCCAUCUGCAGGCACUCGUGGCAGGGGGUGGCCCGGCACCUGGAGACCGAGCUCCUGAAGGGCGUCUUCCCGCACCGCAGCCUCCUCUACGUGAUGGGCAUUCUGUCCUCCAAUGACGAACUCUUAAAGGAAGGAGACAAGGCAUGCUGGGAAGAGCAGCUGGCCAAGAUGGCCAUCAAGUCGGUCCAGUUUCUGGACAGAGAAGCGUGGUCCAAGGACCUGCUGGAGGCGCUCACCAAGCCUGACCGGACACAUCAGGAGCAGCCCCCGGAGAAGGCCUUCCUGUUCAUCUUCUACGGGCUGGUCCUGCAAGCCGAGGAGAGCGGCACCACGGUCAGGACACACCUGAGGAGCCUCCUGGAGACGUCGCACCAGUGGCCCAAGCAGAGGGAGGGCAUGGCCCUCACUGUGGGACUGGCCGCAGCCCGCCACCUGGACCACGUCUGGGCCGUCCUGGAGCAGUUUGGCCGGAGCACGCCCAUCAAGUGGAGCCUGCACAGCUUCUCCCCGAAGCAUCCCGAGGACCUGCGGUGGAAGUGGGCCAGCAGCACCCUCCUCCUCGCCUACGGCCAGAUGGCAGACAAGGCCAGCGCCCACGUCCUGCCCUGGGUGGACAGCACCCUGUCCCGGCUGGUCUUCUACUUCCACUACAGCACCUGGGACGAGACCCUGAAGCAGAGUUUCCUCACGGCCGCCCUCAUGCUGGUGCGGGCCCUCGGCCGCAACGCGGGCGCCCAGAGCUACGAGUUCUCCCAGGUCCCUGAGCUCCUGGAGUGUCUGACGCUUCUGAUGGAGAAGGAGCCCCAGGACUCGCUGUGCACGUCCGCUCGCCAGCAGAGCCUCCAAAUCAUCUCCAGCCUCUGUAAGCUGAGGCCGCCCCUGGACUUGGAGAGGAAAUCUCGGCUUCUGUCCAUCAGCCUCCACAGUGUGCUGUCCCUGCCACUGAUGGAAGUUCUGGAAAAACACACCUGCCUCUUUCUGGAGCCGCCCAACAUACAGGUGUGGCCAGCAUCGGGAGGCCACUCGGCCAGCCUCCAUCCCACCUGGGCUCGGCGGCCACCUGACCUGCUCCACGUCCCUGCACAGACCCUCUAUAACCAAACCUCGGAGGCCCUGGACCAGAUGCUGCAGAGCUUCAUCGUGCAGAACCCCACGGCCGACGAGCUGCACUUCCUGCUGUCGCAUCUGUACGUCUGGCUGGCAUCUGAGAAGGCACACGAGCGGCAGCGGGCUGUACACCUAUGCAUGAGCCUCCUCAAGUUCCUGAGCCACAGCCUCUACCUGGACCCAAAAGAGGACCUCAAAAGGAUGGGGCAGCUGGUGGGCAUGCUGGGGAUUCUGUGCCAGGACCCGGACAAGGCCACUCAGGGCUCCAGCCUGGAAACAGUGGGCCAUCUCUACCAGCUCCUGAUGCGCCAGAGAGCAGGGGGAGCUUCACAAGUGCGAGCCCCGGCCCCCAAGCACCUGUCCCAGGCCAGUGAGGAUGGAGCCCCCUUCUGGAGCAGCGGGGACCAGAAAGCCAUUCGCUACAGCCCCCAGGAGAUGGAGCUUCCAAAGGAGGGCACCUUCCAGCCCAGCAGCUCCCAAGUCUUCAAGGAAGUCAUGAAGCAACUCACGAUGGCAGAGCUGGCCGACCUCAUCUGGACAGCCGUCAACGGCCUGGGCUCCUCCAGCCCCUUCCGCGUGCAGGCGGCCGCCGACAUGCUGCUGGCUGUCAUCCAGGAGCAUGGGGCCAGGCUGGAGACCGUUGCCAACCUGAGCCGGGCCAUCCACCUGCAGCUCUGCUCCGUCCGCAUCCCCCAAGCCAAGCAGAACGCCCUGCAGGCCAUCACCCUGCUGGCCCGGAACCACACCCCCGAGCUGGUGGCCGCCUUCCUGGACUUCUCCAUACCUCUGGACAGCCACACCUCCCUGCUGUGGAAGGCCCUGGGGGCCGAGCAGCCCUCCAGCCAUCUGGCGCUGGCCAUGCUGCUGGCCUGGCUGCAGGAGCGGCCCCUGCCCACCAGACCCAGCGACAGCCGCCCCCAGCCCAAGGAGAAGGGCCACCUGCUCUCCAUGGCCGCCAUGAACGUGCUGCACGAGCUGCUGUUCGCCCGAGAGUUCGAGAAGGCCACGCGGGAGGCCUUCCCCGAGCUCCUCCUGGUCCUCCUCACCCAGAUGCACUACGUCCUGGAGCUGACCCUGCCCGAGGAGCCACAGCCCAGCCAGGAGGCCCCGGGGGCGGCCAUGCCCCGGGCCCAGAGGUCUGGGCUGCGGGACCAGGGCGGUGCCUGGGCAGCUCCUGUCCCUGACCAGCACACCACCUGGCCGUGCUUCCGCUCUGGCACUCCUCCCUCCAGCCCUGGACAGCCAGCUGUGGACACAGCUAUUGCCUCCAGAGGCACCACCCUCCAGAUGUGUCUAGAGCGUCCCCUGGGCCCGCCCCCUCAGGAGUGCUCCGCUCUCCAGCAGCACCCUGGGGUGCUAGGCCUGGGCCUGACUGGCCUGGCACUGGAGGCGCUGAAGAGCCUGCUGUCCAGCACCGGGCACUGGCAGGACCUGGCCCUCCUGGAGCUGCAGGGCACCUGGGAGCUCUUCGCCACCAUCCACACCUACCCGCAGGGCGUGGGCCUUCUCGCCAGGGCCCUGGUGCAGAACCGCUGUGGGCAAGUCAAGGCGGUGACCACCCAGCUGCUGCCCAGGCUGCAGAGGCAGGAGGAGCGGGAGAGGAAGGCGGCCGUCGUCAUCCUCACGGAGUUCCUCUACAGCCCUGCCCUGCUGGAAGUGCUCCCCAAAGAGGCAGCCCUGACGGUGCUGGCCCAAAGCCUCAGGGACCCCUGCGCCGAGGUCCGCGUGCUGAGCCUGCAGGGCCUGGGAAACAUCCUCUUCCACCCAGAGAAGGGAAGCCUGCUCCGCAGCCAGCUGCCGCCCUUCCUCGACGGCUUCUUCCAGAGCAGCGAGCCGGUGGUUGUGCGUCUCAUGGGCACCGUGUCGGACGUGCUGCACCACCUGGGCACACACGGCCCGGGGGCCCAGAGCCUCGCCAUCGCCACCAAUGCCCGCGCCUUCUUCGACGAUGAGCGGGACAGGAUCCGGGCAGCAGCCAUGGCGCUGUUUGGGGACCUGGUGGCGGCGAUGGCCGGCAGAGCGCUCAGUGGCCUGCGAACCCAGGUGCACCAGAGCAUGGUACCCCUGCUCCUGCACCUCAAGGACAGCUGUCCGGCCGUCGUCACGCAGGCCAAGCUCACCUUCUACCGCUGCUCCGUGCUGCUCCGAUGGCGCCUGCGGCACACCCUCUUCUGCGCACUGGCCUGGGAGAGCGGCCUCAGCGCCCACCACUUCCUCUGGACCUGCCUGAUGAGCCACAGCCAGGAGGAGUUCAGCAUCCACCUGGCACAGGCCCUCAGCUACCUGCACAGCGGCCACCACCACAUCAAGACCUGGGCAGUGCUCUUCAUAGAUUAUACCAUCUGCUACCACCCCCGGGCCGUGUCCCAAAUGGUCAAUGACACGGACACAAAACUGCUGCUGUACACUUUUGAAGAUCUCAAAAAUGACCCAGAGCCCGGCAUCCGCGAAUUCGCCACCAGGCAGUCCUCCUUCCUUGGGGAGGUGGCAGCCAGACGGCAGUGACCCCCAGCCAUCCUCCCUCACCCUCCUCCUCCCCACCCCAGGCCCUCCGCGUCAGGCAGCCCGGCCCUGCCCGCAGAGCUUGGUUGCACAACAUUUUUCCACUAGAAAGAAAGAUCUAGAUUCAACAAAGAAGCGUCCCCUGUACGCUCCCUGCCCACCAUCCACGGGCCCUCCAGGAAGGCUGCAGCCCCAGAGACAAACGGUGAAGUCUGUGCAGGGCCCCGCAAAGGACAGCUCAGCUCCCCUCGUGGGGAUCAGGUGGGGUCCCCUCCAGCGGAGCGCGAGCCCCAGCCCGCCAGGGCCCUGGGUGCUGACAGGGCCACUCACCAAGGAGCCCCUGCGGUCAUCAGCUUGUCUCAGCUUAGAGCUCCACCGUCACUGAGGGGCUGACAGUGGGGGGGGUCUGGGUGGUCCCUCCGCCUCCAUAUCCAGCCUGAGUCCAGUCAGGGCUGGCACCCAGGCCUGGCAGCAGAACCAGCCAGCACCCAGAAUCAGACCUCCCGGUGGCCUGGCCUGCCCUGGACAAGCUGUGUGGCUUGAGGCGGGGUCUCAGCUCUCUGAGCCUCGACUGUCCCACCUGUAAAAUGGAGAGUAAGACCUUCUCCCAAGACCCCUCGGAAGGCUGAGUCCAGCAGUAAACUGACCCCGAACUCCCAGGGAGCCCCCGGAGCCCCACAUGACCUUCACCAGGGCCCUCCCCUCCCAGCCUUGGUUUGCCCACUUGCAAAAUAGGCAGGUUGGCCCCCCCCUUACUGUGCGUCCAGGGAGUGUCCUGAGACCCUGCCGACCGGGGUUCCCUCCAGGGCUCCAGCCCAGCCGCCCCCUGCCUCUUCUCGCUUGCGCCUCCCUGGCCGACCCUGCUGCACUCAGCACCCCCCCACCGCCGCCCUGGGAGCCCCUCGGGGCAGGGAUGGGGCUGCUCCGGAGGCCCCAGAAUUUGGAUGGCGGGUUGAAAGAAUACAGCGCCUUCAUAACCUCAUCCCAGACUUGCUGACUUUCCUGGAUGAGUUCGGGGAAAGGAGGAAAUAACCCUGAGUGGCGCUGGCGGCCCCGCUACCCAGGACGCCCGUUGUCCAGCCCCGAGCAGGGGCUUUGGGUGAUUCUGCCUUUCAGGACUCCCCCGUCUUGUCCCCUGGCCUCCGUGGGCGCCCACCAGGCCCUCCUCUGCUGCAACCCCCUGGCUGGGGCCGGACCCAGGGGGCUGGGGGAGGGUCCCCUCGGUCUGGUUGGUGGGCGGGGUGCCAUCUCCCUUCAAAGGGGAGGCUGCCCUGGUCUCCCUGAGCAGGUGCC